AUGGUUACUGAUAAUCACCGAGAAGAUGGUGAAGAGGAGAAAAUGCUUCUACUCAGCGAAAACGAAGUCGACGGUGCAUCGGAGCUUCAGAUGUAUCGCAUCCACUCGAUCGAAGCAACGGUUCUGAUUCGUCAGUUACCGUCGCAAGGAAUCUCCUUCAAGCUCUGGCUUCCUGCAACCACUCUCGUUACGCUUCUCGAUAACUACCGUCGUGACCCAAGCAGCAGCCCCCUCACUCGCACACUCUCUAAUUUCAGAUCCGACGGCUCAGACUCUUCACGGCUUAACAUCGUCGAGCUCGGAUCUGGAACAGGGAUCGUCGGAAUCGCGGCGGCUGCGACGCUAGGUGCUAAUGUUACAUUGACGGAUCUCCCAAACGUCAUCGAGAAUCUCAAAUUCAACGCCGACGCGAACGCUGAGGUCGUGGCUAGACUCGGCGGGAAUAUACACGUGGCGCCUCUCCGGUGGGGAGAAGCUGCUGACGUGGAGGCUUUGGGUCAAAGUGUUGACUUAAUUCUUGCGUCUGACGUGGUCUACCACGAACAUCUUUAUGACCCUCUCCUUAAAACGCUGCGUUUUAUGCUCUUAGAAGGAGAUGAUAAAGACGCAAAGAGAGUGUUGCUUAUGGCUCAUCUCAAGAGAUGGAAGAAAGAAUCGAUCUUCUUCAAGAAAGCUCGGAAGUUUUUCGAUGUUGAGGCUAUACACCGUGAUGAUCCUCAAGAAGGUUCUCGAACUGGAGUUGUUGUAUGUACUGAGAAUGACGAAGUCUCGAGGAAAGAGAGAACGAAAGAAGAAAUGACUUUAGGGCUGCUAAACGCGAAUCCAGUUGUGCAGGCUAAGAAGGAACGUCUCGUUCGUACACAAGAUCAAUAUAGAAAUUGUGGCGUUGAUCCUCUCGAUAUCUAUGAUAUCCUUUCUUCUAUUUCAGUCUGGAUAACGUUUACACCGACGAUCCAGCAUUGUAGCAUGGCAAAUUUAAUUGGUCUGUGUUUAAGAGCUAAGCUUAGAGAAUGUUUGCCACUUCAUUAUAAGAUUGAUAUCAAAGUCUCUCCUGGUUCUCACGCCGAUGAAGAUUCAGGUGAGGUCAUUUAUGCUGUUGCAGUGAAUAAACAGUUGAAUGAUAAAGAAAGAGUGAUAGCUGCAUUGGAGAAUCCUAAUCUCCGCCAGCUCGUGGAUGAGUGUAUCGUCGUCUCCAGUGAGAUGUAA